AUGAUGAACCUAGCAGUGGGUUAUACCUCACCAUCUGGUUGGGUCUUCUUCUAUGAAGAAGGUUGUGGCAAAGUUCCAUUGUCCUGGAAACGGGCACAUAUUACACCUGUUUUCAAAGGUGGGGACAAAUCACUUGUCACGAACUAUCGUCCUGUUGCUCUAACCUCAGUUUUUUGUAAACUCCUUGAGGGUUUUAUCGUUAAGAACAUCCAGGAACAUAUUAAUGCAAAUGGACUUCUCAACCCUGGGAAGCAUGGUUUUGUCUCUGAUGAUGUUCUUAUUUUUAGGAACAUCUAUUCAUCUGCAGAUGAACAUCAACUUCAAUCAGAUCUUGUUGCAUUGAAUUCUUGGUGUGCAAUAAAUGGAAUGACUUUUAACACCUCGAAGACAAAGGUGAUGCAUAUCACAAGAAGUAGACAUGCUAACCCACCUACCAAUUACUAA